AGGCGCACGUGGUUCCGACGUCGCUCCCACGUCUCUGCUAUUGCGUGUCAACAUGGCGGCUUCCAUGGCAUCCCAGGCUGCAGUUAGAGGACUGAGGACAACCACAACAAAGCACGUCCUCCUGGACAAGCUAAAGUGCACCUGGCUGAAUCCCAGGAGAUGGCUAAAUCUACAAGAGUACCAGAGCAAGAAGCUGAUGCAGGACAGCGGCGUGGCGGUCCAACGCUUCUACGUGGCUGACACAGCUUCUGAGGCCCAGGAGGCUGCAAAGAGACUCAGUGAGUAG